CUUCGUCCUUAAGUCAUAACGGUCAUAUUUUCAAAAACAAAAACGACCGUUAAUCCCAACAAAAUCUCUACUUUCUCUUACCUCAACUUUGUUUCUUAUGUAUGCAUAUAAACCCCAAAUCAAAGUGAACUUAUCAAGAAACACAAAAACAAACAUCAAAACCCCAAAAAAAAACCAAAGUUCUCUUCUUGAAUUCGAGAAAAUGGGAAUGUCGAAAUCGAAAGGCAACACACACAACAUCUUCCUUCUCUGCAACUACAUCCUCUUAGGCUCAGCCUCAAGUUGCAUCUUCCUCACAAUCUCCCUCCGUCUCUUCCCAUCUCUCUCCGGUCUCUCCCUUAUCUUCCUCUACACUCUCACAAUCGCAACCGCGGUAUCCGGCUGCUCGAUCUUCGCCUCCUCCACAUCCGCCACCGCGAGCGAUAGAUUAUACGGUUCACACAUGGUAGCCACAGUCCUCACGGCCAUUUUCCAAGGCGCUGUCUCUGUUCUGAUAUUCACGAGAACAGGGGAUUUCCUUAGGUUCUUGAAAUCUUAUGUUCGGGAAGAAGACGGUGAAGUGAUACUUAAACUCUCUGGUGGUUUGUGUGUAUUGAUGUUUUGCUUAGAGUGGAUUGUUCUUGUGUUAGCGUUUUUGUUGAAGUAUAGUGAUUAUUUGGAUGAGAGUGUUGUAGAUGAUGAUGAUUUUAAGGUGAGGAGGCAAGAAGAAGAUCUCAAGGAUUGGCCUUCUUACCCAUUUCAACUCAAGAUUUAAUUUCCAAUUUCGUCAUUUUAUUCUAUUCAUUUACACGUGUGUGUGUUGGUUCUUGCUUGUAAUGUGAUUAAUGUCACACUUUAAAUGGUGUACAAAUAAUUCGUCUUAGUGUGUAUUUUCUUAUAUGAAUUUUUGUUUAGACACAUAAAAAGGUCAACAUCGUUUUUAGGCACUUUAAUGUAUAUUGUUGAAUUUUGACCAAAAUAUAUGCAAUAAUGUUAAUGAAUCUACAGCUAAGAGGUAACAAAGUUUCUCUC